GUUCGGCAGGGGCCAACAAGGGGCCUCGACUGACGGGGGUUCUGUCGCUGCCCGCCCCAUCCAUCAUCCAUCGCUCCGCAACAGCUGAAUGCCUUCAUCACCACCACAAGGGCACCGUCAGCGACCGCGCCGUGCGUCGUCCGCCCACUCGCCCGCCCCGUCACCCUGGCGAACAAAACGGGCUUGGGAGCCCGUGGAGCUAUGGAGAAGAAAUUGCCCCAGCGCCGUCCCAGGCGGCCUCGUGCGCUGCUCGCGGCGCCAUUCCCGACUCGGCCCUGACCAUUGCGUCCAAUGCAUUCAGCUCGCGCCGCCAACGAUGAUGCGCCGAAUGAGACAGCCUCCCGCAGACGCCACUGUCCAGGGUCCCAGGGCCCGAGCCAGGGGGGGAUGCAGCCUCUCGCUGGGCUGAAUUUGGUUCCGCGGCUGUGGCUCCUAGCCUGUCGUGAGGCGUCGCUGCGGGCGUCCGGCUGGAGGAUCGCGUCGAGGCGAGCCUCGAGCAGUCAGGCUCCCAGAGGCCCUGGCGAUUGUCGCCGCCAGCUCACGACUGAGGCCACCCCCCCUGUUUCUGCUGGACUGUCGAGCCUUCGCCGUGGGACUUUGCGGCUAUUUCCCUCGCGCCGGCCGACGGCCCAAACCUCUCUCCCCUUCGUUUUGCUUGCCCCAGCCCAGCCUGUUGUCAAGGAGAGUCAACGACUCUGUCAGUGCGUUGUGCUGCUGUUGUCGUCGCCGCCGCCGUUGACGUCGACUCACGACCAUAGUCACGGACCUCAACACUCGUCGGCAACUAGGCACCGCAACGAUGAUUCGGACUGCUGUCGUGCUGCUGGCUGUGGGCGCCGUCGCCCCGGCCGCUGCCGCGGCUGCGGGCUCGGAGCGGUCAUGGACGUCGCCCAAGGAGACGGAUUCAGUCCUCAUGGCCGAGGAGCAGCUGCAGAUGGGAUUCUCGCCGCGACCCACGCCUGCGCCGCAACCUCGCGGUCUCUUUGGCCGCAUGGACCUGGUUCCGCGCCUGGAUGGCUAUACCCUGGGCCCGGCGACUUGCGGAUUCGUCAAAUCCAAUGGGAACUCUUUCACCUGCGUCGCCAACACGGCAACAUGUACCGACGUAAAUGGCUACAUGGGCUGUUGUCAGCCAAAUCAACAGUGCUCCAGAAUCCAGACGGUGUGCAUCGACUAUGCUUCUUCCAAGGCCGGAAAGUGUGACCUCUUGUCCGACUUUCACACCGUUUGUUGCUCCGCAACGGCACCGGCCUGCUACACCUAUCUCAUGGAGAGGACCGGUGGCAAGAACUCCGGGAGUGUUGUCACGGCGCUUGCGUGUUACACCACCUCGGGCACCGCGACUCUCCUCGACUACGACCCUUCUUGGUCCCGGACGCACAGCUUUGCCUCAAGCACAUCGUCCACGUCGUCUCAGUCGUCUACCACGGCCACUUCCACGACGUCGCAGUCGUCUGCCGCCACCACUACCUCGGGCGGCGACGGCGGCGACGGCGGCAGCAAGACCAACGUUGGCGCUAUUGCUGGCGGCACCGUGGGAGGUGUCGCUGCCAUCGGUCUCGUCGGUCUGGCCGCGUUUCUUCUGCUGCGUCGGAAGAAGCAGGGCAAGGACUCCGACGUGCACAGCUCUCCCCAACAGCCCAUGUCCCAGCACACGGCCCAGAGCCCGCCUCAGGGAUACCCCCCGACCUCUCCCGCUCCCCAGAGCAGUUAUCAGGGAUACUCCCCCGCACCGCAGGGUCCGUACGACCCUCACAUGAGCGUUUACAGCCAGCAACAGCCCUACUCCCCGCAGAGCGGCUAUCCGCAGCAGUUCCCGCAGCAAUACCAACAGCAAUACCCUCAGCAGGGUGCAUACCCGCAACAAUACGGCGCCGCGGGGUUCCCCGUGUCGUCUACUGGCUCGCCGCCACCGCACACAACUCCGAGCCCGAAUAUCACCAACGACAACCGUGAGCACAGCGGGGUGCCCUCGAGUCCGCAUGCCGCCUCGCCGCCACCAGGUGGCGAGCACGCCCAUCAGCAGCCGCAAGAGCUGGGUACGGUGGCGCCUCUGGGUAAAGAGGGUAACCGGGCUGAGCUCAGCUAGAGAAAGGACGGACGGGACGAAGUCGAGAGACAGAGGCGCGCGUAGAGAUAUCCCUGGUUACAGAGUUGCUUCUGAGAGCAUGUCGAGACGUGAGAGAUGGAGGGGAUGCAUUCUGGGCCAGUUUGGCGCAAGGUUGUCUACUCACGAUCCGCCAAGUAUUUUCCUGCAGUCUUGGUAUGCCACAGGGCAGAGCGAAGACGGUGGGGUAAUUUAUUCCCUACAUAAGCACACAUUUUCGAGAUGGAGGACAUAAUCCCAACGUAUAAAGCAAUACAUCAUGAGUAGAU